AUGCCACCAGUCAAUGAAGAAGAGGAGGUGGUCAGCCCUGUUGUUCACAUCUCCACAUCACAAUCUUCUCACAAGUUCAACAAACCCAUGCAGCUGUCUCUUCGACCCGAUGUAGCACUGAAACCAAGGGAGCACGAGACCGGAUGGUUUUUGGAGCCAAAGAUGAGUGAAUCGUCAACUGAAGGCAAGCCUUCUGAAUGGCACACUGUGUUGCAACUCAACACCUACACAAAAGUAGUGGAGACACACUCACCAUCCAUUCAUUAUGAUCCAAACACUCAAACACUGUAUGUCAAUGAUGUCGGCUCUAUGGAUUGGCUUGACAAGGCAUUUGGGAUCCAAUCUAUGCGAGACGUACGCAAUGCUUUAUUUGGCCAGCAGCUGCAGCUACACAAUUGGAAGAUUGCCGCUCACAUCACCCAUGGCGCAAUGUUCACCUACAACGAAAUAGCUGAAAAUAUGAAAUCAAAGGUUUAUGAAGAGCUAACAGUUCCUAUCAAGGAUCGCAUUGGUUUGGAAGCUAAAGUGCUCAUGUCAAUUGAAUGUUGUGACCCAUGGCAAAUGGGUUUGAGAAAAGCAGUCACUCACAUUCCAACUAGACACUUUUUGAAUAGUCGAAAGGAUGCUACAUGUUAUUACGUGUCCACAGUACAAGAUAGAGAGGAAAGCUCUAACACUCUACAGUGUACUGUGGCUAUGGAGGUACCUCCCCGUUUUACUGAAAUAACAACAGGUGAUAGGCCUGCACUUGGCACAGUACCGGAUGGUAUUUCGCGGUAUGCCAAAGAAGUCAGAAGACACAGUGACAAAGUAGGAGGAUUUUGGCGUGGAUGGGCUGACAUCCUUGUUGAUGUCAUUAGAGAUGUCAGCUAUCUGCUCACCAGCAGUGAAUGCAAACAUCUACUGGCCAAUUCACUUCUGGAUAUUGAAUCUGGUGGAAUACAUCGUGAUGAAAUAGUCCAGUCAAGUGAUGAAGUGUUUAUCACACUCGAUUUGUGGAUUACAAAUCAAGGAGACAAAGCUACGUUAGAUAGACUGUUUCGAUUCAUGCAGACAGUAGACUUGUUUGAAGCUUUGAAAGAGAGAUUGAAUGAACGCUUGAAAUCACAGAAACCCAUAAAAGGUUUAGAAAUGGGAUUGAAGUAUGACCAAGUGACGAGCGCUGUAGAAUGCACGUCUGCAUACAAACUUCGUGCCAUUUACGAAAGAAAACGCAGUGAAGUUGAAGAAUACAGAGCAGCUGCUCACUUGGUAACAGUUGUGCUGGCAAUCAAAAGAAUGGGAUCAGUGGAAGAUAAUCUACCAGGAGCGAAGCGCGCUUUAGCUGAACCAUGCUCUUACAGUGGAUUGAGUGCAGUGCUGAUGACAAUUCAACAGAUAGGACAGAGCAACGAUGAAGGAAGCUGCAAUCUGACUGGCGAAGAGAAGUUAAGGAGCCUAGGUUCUACUGCCAGUCAGGCAUCCGGAUCUGCAGCAGAUCAGCCACAGGAAGGAAUUUCUCAGGUUGUUCUUGCUGUCAAACGUACCAGUUCUACGAGAUCUUAUGUUAUUGGAAGAGAAUGUGGCUACAGCAUUGGGGAACUUGAGCAACUACGACAAUUUCCCAACAAUUGUGACAGAAUCCAAUAUCUGUUUGACAUGAUGACACAAAAGAUGGGAGAGAAAGAAGCUGCACACAAGCUUCUUCAUGCAUGUAAGGUGAUUGAACCUCCAACAUACGAAGCUGUGAUGGAGGAGAUGAGGGGAGGAAGAAAGUGAAUGACAGUUCUUUCAACGUGAUUGUUUGUGAUCUAGAACUUGUAUGUUGUAGUUCUUGUAUGUUCUGUGACUCCUUCAAUUGCACUAUAAUAUUAGAUGUACUGUAUGUCUCUAUUGCUUGCUUGCCUAUU